UUCAACUGUUUGUGUCGUGUAUUUUCGUUUUGUGUUACGUUGGCUUGAAUUUUUUUGUAAUAUUUUAUUUUAAAAAGUUAUAAAAUAAACUUAAUAUUUAAACAAAUGCCAAAUCCCUUGACAGUCGAUAAAUUUGUAAAAGUGCCGGUUAAAACAAUGGAAACAUUUAUACAUGUGACUAAAUUGUAAAAUUAUCAAAAUCAAACAUUUGUGCUGCAAAAUUUUGUGCGUGGGAGAGUAAUUCAUUAAUCGCCGCGUCCUUGGCAUUAGUUUUAUAUUCUUUUGUUUUGUUAAACAAAUAAAAAACUAUCCACUAGUAACUACAGUCAAAGUCAAUAUUGGGAUGAUAGUGUGCACAUGAGUAAUUGAAAAUAAGUUACACUAAAGAAGACAACGAGUUGACGACGAAGACGACACUCGGCAUACUCCAUAACUUACAUUCUAAUAUAUAAAACAAAACAACAACAACAAAAAACACAAAACUUAUGACAAAGUUGAUGAUGCAACGGAUUGUUUUUACUUUCAAGUGAUUUGUUUGGAAUUUCUUGUAUUGUGUUGAAAGGUUACCUCAUAUAAAACCGAUACGAAAGAGAAUUAAAGAAGUAAAUAAAUAAAAAAGUAAAGAAUCAAAAAAUGAUUCCUGGAUAUGGACCAGUAACGCAAGCGCUGCUUGGAACGCUUCUGACUUGGGGCCUCACAGCUGUUGGUUCGGCUAUGGUGAUUUUCGUCCGAGGAAAUCAAAGAAAAUCACUAGAUGUAGCUUUAGGAUUUGCCGCUGGUGUGAUGAUUGCAGCCUCAUUCUGGUCACUUCUGUCUCCAGCUAUUGAACUGGCUGAGGGUUCCGGGCUAUAUGCGCAAUAUGCUUUCUUACCAGUUGCCGGUGGUUUCUUGCUAGGAUCGAUAUUUGUCUAUGGCACCGAUAAACUUAUUUCGUAUUUGGGAAUAAAUAGCUCACAUAUGAUGAUCUCUCUGACGCACUCGAAUAAAGAUAAAGCUGAAAUUGCUCUGGAUGACGUGCAGCACUCCCUCCAGAGUGUUGAUCGUUCUUCGACGAAAAAUAUGCAAAGUUUUUCAGAUUGCCUCAGUGUCCAACACAGCGGAGAAUCACGUAGAAGGAAAAAUAAAGUCAAUGCCGAUUUGGAGCAAAAUACUUAUUCAGACCAAGCACGUAUUGACCAUGAGAAUGCAGUUUCCCAAUGGAAGAGGAUCAUGUUAUUAGUUGUGGCCAUCACCGUUCACAACAUUCCCGAGGGAUUAGCUGUUGGAGUGAGUUUUGGUGCCAUUGGAACAACAGAUUCGGCGACAUUUGAAAGUGCGAGAAAUCUUGCCAUCGGUAUUGGAAUUCAGAAUUUCCCCGAAGGUCUUGCAGUUAGUUUGCCCUUGCAUGCUGCUGGUUUCAGUGUGCCAAGGGCAUUUUGGUAUGGUCAACUAUCGGGUAUGGUUGAACCAAUUUUUGGAGUCCUAGGAGCUGUGGCUGUAACAUUUGCAAAUUUAAUUUUGCCAUAUGCACUUUCCUUUGCGGCGGGAGCUAUGAUUUAUAUUGUUGCUGAUGAUAUUUUACCAGAAGCACAUGCAAGUGGAAAUGGGUUGCUGGCAACUUGGGGUACGAUAGUCGGUUUCAUUAUAAUGAUGUGUCUUGAUGUUGCAUUAUCUUGAUUUUCAUCCUCCAAACAAUCUGAACGAGUCCGGAUGAGAAACUAUGAAAACUAUAUUCUAAUUGAGAGACUCAUACCUACGCCAUUAGUUAAUUUACUUUUCUAGAUGUUUUAUUUAAAUGAUUUAAAAAAGAAAUACUAUUACAAUAGUAAAAUUAUAACAAUCAAUACUUAAAAGAAAAUGAAACUAAAUCUCCAUUUUAACCCUUUUCUUACAAAAACUAAACAAAAAACAAAUGAAAAACCAUUCUCCCCAUUUUUGCUAAAAACAAAAACAAAAAAGAUAUACCUACAUACAUAUAUAAAUUCAAGUUCAUUGUCUAUCAAAUGUGAUUCUUAAAAUUACUUAAUUUUAUAAGUAUAUAAAUGAAUAUAUAUAUAUAUUUUUUUAUUAAAUAAGUAAAUAGUUUGUAUAACAACUAAUAUUAUUAUUAUUAUAAAUAAAACAAUGAACUAGAUGUCCUCGUGCAUAAUAAUAAUUAUACAUUAGCCGCUUGUACAAAAAUCAUAAAUAAUUAUUAUUAUUACUCAAUAAAAAAAACAGAGUAUUUUUUAUUGUGUUCAAAUUUUAUUGCAGUUUAAACAAAACAAAAAGAAAAGAUUAUAUUAUAUUUUAUUCACUGUUUUAUUUAUGCAU